CCAACCCGAGAAAAAGCGGGCGGCAAAAAAGGACCGGUGAAGGAGUUGUCUUUCCGUGCAUGACGGGGAGAGAGAGUGAUAGCAUAGAGAGAGAGAGACCAAUAUUGAUUAAUUAAUUAAUUAAUUAGAUUACUUUAAUUAAAUGGUCUUCUCUCCCCCACUUUGUCACUUGGUAAGUAGUCAGUCGGUCCUCUCUCUUGAAAGAAGUAAAAGCCGCAGACAGCCAUUAGCCAUGGAGGGAGAGCUCUGCUUCUGCUUCUCCCUGUGAAGAACAAACCAAUCCCUCAGAAACCUCUCCCCCCCUCUUCGACAGACCAGUUGGUGGAGAAGAAGAAGAAGAGGAGGAGGAGACAACUCGGCUCCAAGAGGGAAGAAGACGACUAUUUCGUCGGAUUAUUCUUUGCAUCAGCUUUUGCGGGGAGACACUGCGAUCAUAUAUGUCGUCUGGGUCUGAUCUGAUCACUGGAGCUCCGAAGAAGCUCUGCCUCUCUGUCUCUCUAAGACACAGGAUCUCCUCCUCCAUCUCCAUCUUCGUCUUCGUCUUCGUCUUCGUCUUCGUCUUCGUCUUCGUCUUCGUCUUCGUCUUCGUCUUCAUCUUCCGGUGCAUGCAGUGCUGGCCUCUGCUCAAGGCUGGGGAACAGAGCAUCUUCUCCCCCUCCUUCAUGCAAUUAAGACCGCACUGGACUUGCUCCGGGGUCGAGUUCUUUGGGCCUGAUCAUCACAGGACACAAUUUCUCGCUUCGAUCUCGGAAAAACCUCAGGUCUUGGGUCUCUCUUGAUACCCAGCACUGUCAAAGGUUCUUCAUUUCGCUGCUUGCUCGACCAAUACAUACAUAUAUAUAUAUAUAAUAUAGACGUAUAUAUAGGUAUAUUCUUGUCCUCCACACUCCGAUCCAAAGCAACGGAAAUGCCUGGGCUUGAGACUGAGAAGGUUCCUUCGGGGUCAUCGAGGUCGAGCCCUGGGGAGGGAUUCGUGAAAAAGAAACUGAACAGAGAAGAGAAUCUCAGAACAAUGAGGAGAGUUCGUGUGAUAUACAGUGACCCUGAUGCAACCGAGUCUUCAAGCGAUGAAGAUGACGCGUAUUACGACUCCAGGAGAGUACGUACAGGUCAUAAACGCAUUGUCAGAGAGAUUGUAGUUCCCGUUCCGAGGCAGGAAUCAGGUAGGGCGAGGGAGACCAGUAGCAAGAGGCCCAAGUGCAUUAGCAUAAGCGAGAAGUUUUAUGACGGGAAGAGAAAUCGGCCUUCUUCUAAUUCUAUGUACAAGGGAGUUCGGAGGAGGCCUUGGGGGAAGUAUGCAGCCGAGAUUCGGGACCCAAUUCGUGGCGUCAGGGUGUGGCUCGGGACAUAUGGCACAGCAGAAGAGGCUGCUCUUGCAUAUCAGAAGAAGAAGCUUGAGUUUGAUCGUGCAAUCAUGUCUAGCAAAAACAAGAUUUUGCCUAUCCAUUCAGACACCGGGUCCGAGGAGACAACUGCCUCAUUCUGCCUCCCAUCACCGUCUUCAGUGCUCGACGCCCAGAUCUCUGCUUCCUUCUGCAGCAAGCCCAAGCCACUACCUACACGAGAGGAGAAAAUGGCAGGGAGCCACAUCGAGGAAGCUAUUGAAGAACAGGAGCUGUUAUUCGACCCAGUUAUGAUAUCGUCGCCAGUGAUGAGUCAAGAUUUGGAUCUGGGUUGUGAGGACAACUUGCUGCUUGGCGAUGGGUUCUUGGAUUCUCCCGAGCUGGUCAGUUGGGUAGAUGAUCUUCCCAAGUGCAGGUUCCCGAACAGUGAUGUCCUGAAUCUCCCGGACAUCGAGCUGAGUCUCGAGAAGGAGGAGCUAGCAUGGGUCGACGAGGCACUUAAUAUAGCAUGCAUAUAAGUUUUGUAGUUAGGAUCUUAUCAAAUCAAACUAUAUAGUUUUGGUGUGUCUACUGAAAAAUGAAAUAUAUUUAAUAAGUUAAAAAAGAGCAUACAAUGGAGAGUUCUUGAGAGCUUCUCUUGGGUAUUCCUCGUCACAAUUUUGCCAUGAACAGAGAGUAUUCAUUACAUUAUCAGUAUAUUGUAUUUUUGAAGAGUUUUCUAUGUUGUGAUAGUAUAUUAAAUAAUUCCCUUCA